CGGACGGGACCGGCGGGCUGUCCGGCGGACUCGGUCUCGGUGACUGCGCCGUCCGGGCCCGUCCUGCCUGGCCGCAGGUGCCCCUGGAUGAGGCCGCCCCGCGCGCCGCGACCGGUCUUAUAAUCAAUGGAUAAAGUGGGGAAAAUGUGGAAUAACUUCAAGUACAGAUGUCAGAAUCUCUUCAGUCACGAGGGCGGAAACCGUAGUGAAAAUGUGGAUAUGAACUCCAACAGAUGUUUGUCUGUCAAAGAGAAAACCAUCAGUUUAGGAGACUCAGCUCCUCAGCAGCAAAGCAGUCCCUUAAGAGAAAACGUUGCCUUACAACUAGGGUUAAGCCCUUCAAAGAAUUCUUCAAGGAGAAACCAAAACUGUGCCGCUGAAAUUCCUCAGAUUGUUGAAAUAAGCAUUGAAAAGGAUAAUGACUCAUGUGUCACCCCAGGAACAAGACUUGCAAGAAGAGAUUCCUACUCUCGACAUGCUCCUUGGGGUGGGAAGAAGAAACAUUCCUGUUCUACAAAGACACAGAGUUCCCUGGAUACGGAUAAAAAGUUUGGUAGAACUCGCAAUGGACUUCAAAGGAGAGAGCGGCGGUACGGCGUCAGCUCCGUGCACGACAUGGACAGCGUGUCCAACAGGACUGUAGGAAGUCGUUCUCUGAGACAGAGGUUGCAGGAUACUGUGGGCUUAUGUUUUCCCGUGAGAACUUACAGCAAGCAGUCAAAGCCCCUAUUUUCUAAUAAAAGAAAAAUACAUCUUUCUGAAUUAAUGCUUGAGAAAUGCCCUUUUCCUGCUGGCUCAGAUUUGGCCCAAAAAUGGCAUUUGAUUAAGCAGCAUACGGCCCCUGUGAGCCCACAUUCAACAUUUUUUGAUACAUUUGACCCAUCCUUGGUUUCUACAGAAGAUGAAGAAGAUCGGCUUCGAGAGAGAAGGCGGCUUAGUAUUGAAGAAGGGGUAGACCCCCCUCCCAACGCACAAAUACAUACAUUCGAAGCCACUGCACAGGUUAACCCGUUAUAUAAACUGGGACCAAAGUUAGCUCCUGGAAUGACUGAAGUAAAUGGGGACAGUUCUGCAAUUCCACAGGCUAAUUGUGACUCAGAAGAGGACACAACCACGCUGUGUUUGCAGUCACGGAGGCAGAAGCAACGUCAGGUAUCUGGAGACAGCCAUGCCCACGUUAGCAGACAGGGAGCCUGGAAAGUCCACACGCAGAUCGAUUACAUACACUGCCUCGUGCCAGACUUGCUCCAGAUCACAGGUAAUCCCUGUUACUGGGGAGUGAUGGACCGCUACGAAGCAGAAGCCCUUCUGGAAGGGAAACCUGAAGGGACAUUUUUGCUCAGGGACUCUGCACAAGAGGACUACCUCUUCUCUGUGAGCUUCCGUCGCUACAACAGGUCCCUGCAUGCCCGAAUUGAACAGUGGAAUCACAACUUUAGUUUCGAUGCCCAUGACCCAUGUGUGUUUCACUCCUCCACUGUAACAGGACUUUUGGAACAUUACAAAGACCCCAGCUCUUGCAUGUUUUUUGAACCAUUGCUUACAAUAUCACUCAACAGGACUUUCCCUUUUAGCCUGCAGUACAUCUGCCGUGCAGUCAUCUGCAGAUGCACGACGUAUGAUGGAAUUGAUGGGCUCCCUUUACCAUCGAUGUUACAGGAUUUUUUAAAAGAGUAUCAUUAUAAACAGAAAGUUAGAGUUCGCUGGCUAGAACGAGAACCAGUCAAAGCAAAGUAAACCCUCCUGUCCCCAAAGGGCAUUAACUAGAUCUGCUUUUAUGUGCAUCUGGCAGUAUACCUAUAGCAAGCACACAUAUCAGUGUUAGGUUUUUCCAGUACAGUAUGUAAGCUUAGUGUUAGUAUCUGUCAGGCGCAAUCUGCUGUUACUUUUACUCAGUAAAUGUGGUGCCUAUUGAGACAAUAGGGGAUAGAGCUACAGGUAUUCAGUAAGGCUGCAAAAACACUCUGCCGAUUUAGCUGACAGUUUGGUUUUUAAUGGCUGUAGUAAUAACUGAGUGAAGCAAC